GGAAUAGUACAUAGGUCUUGGCGAAGUACGAUUCACAUUUUAGAUCGGAUUUGAGUAAAUAUGAUGCUGACGAUUUGUUUGUAUGUCUCCUGUGUUUCUAUGGCAUUGGCUGCGACGACAAAGCGACCACAUCAUCAUUCCACACACAUGCAUCACACAGGAACGCACCCCACACAUGAGCCAUCAGUAUCCGAGUCUUUCUUUUUCUAUUAUGACUACCACACGCAUACUCUACUAGUCAGAGCAUCCAGACAUAAGUGCUACCUCUAUCAGACGAGCGCACAGGAACAGGUAGAUGUUCAUUCAUCACAUGGACUCCAUACGAUUGAGAAAAAUGUUAUUGACACCAUCGACUCCAACGCUCCUAUGACGACUGUAACGCACGAUGAUUUGGUGGCCAUGAGUAACAUACUGGGGAAAAAGUGUGGCGAGAUGAACACAAUUUAUCAGAUUAACUAGGCUGUCCCGGGCCAACUCCAC